UUGCCACAGCAAGGCAUUCUUUAGUUUUGUGGCCCCAAAGAAACAAUUGAAGCAAACAUGUCUCGAAAACAGACGGCCAAACCUGCACGGGGCAAUAAAAAGAGUGAGCUGGAACGCAAGAGGGAUGAGCGGGCGGCACGCCGUGCCAUUGCAAAAGACCGCAAGAAUCGACCUCAGGACAGCGAUGAAGGUGCAGAAUAUGUGAGCUUCUCCAAUCAGCUCCAAGCACUGGGGCUGAAACUGAGAGAGGUCCCUGGAGAUGGGAACUGUCUGUUCAGAGCUCUCGGCGACCAGUUAGAGGGUCACUCUGGCGAUCACCUGCGGCUUCGACAGGAGACCGUCGAUUACAUGAAGUCUCAUCGACAAGACUUUGAGCCUUUUGUUGAGGAUGACGUCCCAUUUGCACAGCACAUGUCGAACCUCUCCCAGCCUGGUACAUUUGCUGGCAAUGAUGCUAUUGUAGCUUUUGCUCGCAGUCAGCAGGUGAAAGUGGUCAUCCAUCAGCUCAACACACCACUGUGGGAGAUAAAUGGUGCAGAGAAGCCCAUGUGCAGAGAGUUGCACAUUGCCUACCGUUAUGGAGAUCAUUACGAUAGUGUGAGGCGGAUUGGAGACAACUCCGAGAGUCCUGCUCAGCUUCGCAUAGAGAGCCUGCAGAAUUCACACAGCCAUCAGCGUGAGUUUGGAGAUGGUCAGAGGGACAGACAGAAAAAGUCUCAAACAGCAUACGAAGAGGAAAACGUAAUCCUGAGCUCCAUCAAGAAUCGAGGAAUUCAGGGUGAUGAGGAGAACUUGCUCCAGCUGAGUGCAGCAACAAUCAAUGCGGAGUGGCUCGCUGAGUCUUUGCUUGGUCAGUCCUGCCAGGGCACCUGCACGUCGGGAUCCUGCUCAGUCUGCAGUGAGCAGAAGCAGACAGCAGAGGGCAGAAAUGCACAAAAACCCAAGCUGUCAAACAAGCAGAAGAAAGAGCAGCAGCGGCACGAAAAGAAGAAGCGUCAAGAGGAGCGGCAUCGGCAGAAGUUUCAGAGUAAAGGAGGCCAGGACCAGAACCAGAACCUGCAAGAGGCUGUGACUUUAGUACCAGCUCUCAAUACUCUCAGUAUAUAGACUGGGGCGUGGCCAAAAAUCCCCCCCCUCCACGUCCCUCUCCUGCUACUUCAGCUACCGAUGGCUGCCCAGUUUUGCACAUAGUGGAAUUAAAUGACUAUAUCACAACGGAAACCUUUUCCUAAAGAAAACCCUACUUCUUUGCUAAAAGUAUAAAGGUGCCUGCAAACGUGUGCGAGAUGUGUGAAAGUU